AUGGCGAGUCGCUUUAACCAUUCCUGCAACGCGAACUGCGAACAGGUCUGGAACAAGGAGCAGUGCGUAAUGGAAGUUCGCUCCUGCACAGACGUUGAGGCAGGACAAGAGCUCUGUGUACGAUAUAUUGACAUCCGUGGAACUCUGAGCUGUCGCCAGUAUUUGCUGAAGAAGAUGUUCAGCUUUGACUGCGUGUGCCAGGUUUGUUCUCGCGGCACUGAUGACGACAGUGACUCCCGGCGGAGCGAGAUGGCCUGUCUCUCAGACGAGCUUGACCACGUAGAGCCAGGAGAGGAAGAGGUUUCAGCUCGCAGUCAGCUGCGACGGGUCAAGAAGCUCUUGGAGCUUUAUGAUCAGGAGGGCUUGCAUGAUCAAAGCAGCCGACUUUUGGCCUUUGAAGCUGCUGCGGCUUUGGAACAGUAUCGAGGCAACAUCACUGGCUCACAUCGAUGGCUUCAGAGGGCACUGCAAUGUUCAGAGCUGAUCAGAGGAAGCGAGCAUCCGGACACUCGUCAGCUACGCGAGAGGGCAGAAGAACUGCAGACUCUUGCAUUGAACCAGGCGGCAGAAAAAGGUGAGUAUUAUGAUGGGGUGUACCAGGUCUUGCCAUACUACAUGGCCUACUACCUGGGUUUCCUGGCCAUGCAGAUACCCUGGACACUAGCAUGGGCAACCCCGCUUUACCUGCUUAUCGGACUACCGCUGGAUCCAUACCGCUUUGGAGUUUUCGUGCUCACAACUUUCCUGGUGCUGCUGUUUGCCUGCGUGGCUGGCUCCGCAGUGGGAGCCAAAUCGCGGGAUGCGGAUGGCAACAGAGCAGUCCUCAUGCCGCUCAUCAUUCCGGCGACGCUGUUCUCAGGAUAUGUUAUCCCUUUUGACCAGAUUCCAAAGAUCUGGCUGCCAUUCUACUACAUGUCCCCGAUUAUGUGGGCCAUGAGCAUUCUGGAGACCAGCCUUUACGAGGGAGUUGUCUUCGAGGACUGCAACCCGAACGCUCCAAUGUGGAGACGGCGCUGCUGGGCAACAGGUGAGGAGUACCUCGAGCACGCCACCUGCGAGACAGCGCAGAAGCUCGGCGUGCCAGGUAUGCUGGCAGUGUGCACUGUGUACCUGCUUGUCGGCCUCCUCCUGAACAUUCGCAUGAUCCACAGGGCAGUUCUGGACGGCAACGUUUGA